AGAUGGCGGAAAAAGUGGAACCUGCCGUCCAUCGGAUCAGUCGUGAAGAUGCCGUAACGAACAGACACAACAAAGAAGAUUUCCAUUCGAGGGAGAAGCGGAAUGCUUCGCCGGAUCAUCAGCAGACGAAAAAAUCAAAGAAAGAUUUUCCUACGAGGACGCUGGUGUCCUCGACGAAGACUAGCAUUUCAAUGAAGCUGGGGGCUGGUUCGAUAAAACAGAAUUUACAAUCUGAUAAAACAGCAACAUCAAGAGGGCUUACUCCAAUAACUAUGAAGAUAGGUUCACAUAAGCCUAAAGAACAUAAUACAAAGCUUAUACAUAAAAAGGGUGUAGUAGCCAAUGUAUUCGGUGAAGAUAGUGAUGAAGAUGUAGAAGAGAUGCCCCCUGAAGCCAAGAUGAGAAUGAAGAACAUAGGAAGGGAGACUCCAACUUCAGCUGGACCUAAUUCCUUCGGUAAAUCGAAGCAAGGGUUUUCAGAUGGUCGAGGAGUGUGGGACAGAAAAAUCAAAUCAUUAGAAAAAGCAGAAGACACCACGACCAAUGUUUAAACUGUAUUUCUGUUGUUUGUCAUAUUUAAAAUUAUUGAACAGUUGACCCAUACCAAGCAAGUUAUUUGAUUGUUUCCAUGCUUGUUUAAGAAUCCAGUGUUACCCGUAUAUAUGAAGGUUGCAAAAGAGGUGAUUUACCUUGUGAUUAGUUUACUAAUCAAAUUAAUGUACAGUAUUUUCUGUUAUGGAACCUAAUAAAGGAUAUUAGGUGAACUUAGAAA